AAUGGAACAAGCGCGAUUUGGAGUUCGUUUGAACUUUGUUUCAUAAAUUUUGUUGAAAACUAUAAAACAUGUUUUCUAAUAGCUCUCAGAAAAAAUACUGGACCUUUUCUAAUCCAGAGCAAAUAACACAGUAUCGUGAAAAUGCUAACAAAAAUUAUAUAAACAGUCUUGCAUCAUGUGGAAAGUCUGUGAAAGACUGCUUUCUAACUGCAGAAGAAGAGUUAACGAUUGUCAAAUAUUACGAAAACUGCCUUAAAGAUUUCUUACUGCACUUCAAACCAAGGAAGGAACCCUUACCAAAGGACGUAAAAGGGACAGCAUUCCAUUUUUACAAACGAUUCUUCUUAGUAAGCUCUGUCAUGGAUUAUCAUCCAAAGGAAAUGGUAAUGACCUGCAUAUAUUUGGCUUGCAAGAUAUGUGAGUAUGUUGUUCCGAUCGACGUGUUUGUGAGAAGCAUCGAAGGCAACCAGAAAUUGGUGAAGAACAUUAUUCUGGAUCAGGAGAUGGAAUUACUGUAUCGUAUGGGCUUCAAGCUCAAUAUUUUUCUUCCCCACCGAUCCAUUGAGGGCUUGAUGAUUGACCUCAGGACUCGUAGCAACCUGCAAAAACCCGAGCGAUUGUACGACCACAUCAAUCGGUUCUUGGGAUCCAUGUGGUUCACAGACAUCUGCCUUCUGUACUCUCCGGCACUCAUUGCUCUGGCCGCAGUCAUGCAUGCUGUCAGCCGAUGCAGAGAAAACAUUGACAACUUUGUGAUAUACACUCUGCUCGGCUGUCCUCCGGAAAGCAUACAAAAUGGCAUAAUUGCCACUGUGCGUGACAUCCGCUCCACCGUGAUGAGGUAUAAAGGUCCUCCUACAAUAGAAGAAAUCACAGAGUUGGAGAAGAAAUUGGCCAUUUGCCGCAACCCCAUGAAUAACCCAACUAGCAAAGUGUGGGUUCAAACAACGAAUGAUGGAGUAUGCUUUGGAGUCUUAUGGACAGUAGAAGCCUUGGUUCAUUAAAGGUUUUGUUGCUAUUCUUUUUUUUAGAAAAUAAAAGAGAACAUUCAUUUGG